AUGGAUCCCACCGUCGCAGCAGCAACACCAGCAGCAUCAGCUGUAGGAGGACCAGGCACGCCUGCUCCCAUACCGUCUACUCCCACACCCCUCCCUCGACGCGGCCCUGUUCUCUCCUCGCGCAUGCAGUACCGCAGUCGUCCUGUCUCGGUAGCCGUCGACCCCGUGUCUCUCGUCAUUUCCGAGUGCAUCACCAUCACGUCGGCCAUCCAGAAGCACGCCCGCUCGCCGCACUCCUCAGUCGCUGCCAUCCUCGGCGGCAGCCCCAACCUUGUCCAGCUUGGCUCUCCGGGCCCGGCCGGUCGUCAUGUCCGCAAGCAUUUUAGCGAUCCGCACGGCAGCGGGACUGGCGAGUACGCCACAAACCGAUGGGGUCUUCGGGGGAAGAAAGGCAAGAGCAUGCAGGACAGCCCACUGAUCGCUGGUUUUGGAAGACUGCGGCAGGAGUUGGCUGGUGUGAAAGACAUAUACAAGUUCGACUCCCUUGUUCUGCUGUACCCCUUUCUGCAAGUCAUCCAAGCCAAGGGCACCGCUGCCCCCGUCACCAUCCUCGCUCUGAGGUCCAUCCAGAAGUUCCUGGCCUAUGGCUUCAUCGCUCCGGUUUCUCCUCGCUUCGCCCUGGCCAUGCAGUCUCUUUCAGCCGCUAUUACACACUGUCAAUUUGAUAUCAGCGACCCGGCCCAGGAAGAAGUAGUACUGCUUAUGAUUCUCCAUCUUAUGGAAGAUAUGCUGUCCGGUCCUGGAGGAGACAUCCUCAGCGAUGAGAGCAUUUGCGAUAUGAUGGGGCGAGGCUUGACUAUAUGCUCUCGCCCAAGAUUCUCUGAGGUUCUUCGUCGAACUGCUGAGGCAUCCAUGGUCCGCAUGGUUCGCAUCAUCUUUGAAGACUUGAAGCAUUUAGAGGAUGAAGCAGGAGAGGAGAGCGAAGCCUUGGAUCAACAAACAAGCCAGGACAUGGAUAAUAUCAAUAUGGACCCAGAGGUCAACGGCACCGAUCUGCCGGCAGCAGUGCCAGAAGCAGAGGUAAAUGGAGCAAAACCCAGCGAGCCUGCACAGCCCCCAGAGGGAGGUGGCGAGCCUGCUGUCCAGGAGAAGCCAAGCCCAGGUGAGAUCAAUCGUGAGUCCUCAGGGUCUGCUGAAAGCCCCGAAAACGAAGCUGGCCGGCCGAGUACAAGUUCUGCCACGGAAAGCUCCGAGUCAAUCGAUCUGCGCCCCUACUCUCUCCCAUCCAUUCGGGAGCUCUUCCGCGUCCUUGUCAGUUUCCUCGAUCCACACGACCGUCGGCAUCCCGACCAGAUGCGCGUCAUGGCCCUGCGCAUCAUCCACGUCGCCCUCGAGGUUGCGGGACCCUCUAUCGCCCGUCAUCCUGCCCUGGCGACCAUUGCAGAAAACCAGUUGUGCUGCUAUCUCUUCCAACUCGUCCGGUCCGAUAACAUGGCCGUGCUUCAGGAAGCUCUGAUAGUGGCGAGUACUCUCCUUUCGACGUGUAGAGGAAUCCUAAAACUGCAGCAGGAACUGUACCUAUCCUAUCUAGUGGCCUGUCUGCACCCAGCGAUAGAAAUCCCCCGUGAGCCUGGCAUCGAUCCUGCUCUAUACGCGGGCAUCCCAACAGCUCCAAAGCUUGUCAAGCCGCCGCCCUCACAAGCUGGCAGCGGCAGAUCUACUCCGGUGUCUGUCAAAGAUCGCCAGAAGUUGGGCUUGGAAGGUGGCGCUCGCAAGCCGGAUGCCAGGCAAGCAAUGGUGGAAAAUAUUGGCGUUCUGGCACGGAUGCCAACCUGGUUUACUGAACUGUUUGUCAAUUACGACUGUGACGAAGACCGCUCUGACUUGUGUGAGGACUUGGUCGGUCUGCUUGCGCGAAAUGCGCUCCCGGACUCUGCCACAUGGAGCACAACCAGCGUUCCCCCCUUAUGUCUUGACGCUCUGUUGCGCUUCAUUCAAUUCAUUGCCGAGCGACUCGACGAGACUCCAGAGACAGAAGGCUAUCCUGAUCUUGAAACGCUCAGGGAGAGACGGCGCAGGAAAAAGAUCAUAAUCAAAGGUACCAACAAAUUCAAUGAGAAUCCAAAAGGCGGGUUGGCCUACUUGCAGGAGAAGGGGAUCAUUGCAGAUGCUAGCGACCCUGUCUGUGUUGCCAAGUUUUUAAAGGGCACAACCAGGAUAAACAAAAAGGUGCUUGGAGAGUUCUUGUCUAAGAAGGGCAACGAACCCAUCUUGGACGCGUUUAUCGACACGUUCGACUUCACAGGGAAGCGAGUCGACGAAGCCCUCCGUUCUCUGCUGGAGACAUUCCGUCUCCCUGGAGAGGCGCCCCUAAUUGAGCGCAUCGUCAGCUCCUUUUCGGAAAAGUAUUGCGCCAGUUCGGUGCCGGAUGGCGUAGCUAAUAAGGACGCUGUUUUCAUUCUCACCUACGCCAUCAUUAUAUUGAAUACAGAUCAGCAUAAUCCAACACUCAAGAAUCAAUCCCGCAUGACCUUCGCCGACUUCUCACGUAAUCUCCGGGGCCAGAACGGAGGGCAAGAUUUUCCUACCGAAUACCUUCAGGACAUCUACGAAACAAUUAAGACGAAUGAAAUCAUCCUACCUGACGAACAUGACAACAAGCAUGCGUUUGACUAUGCUUGGAAAGAACUGCUGUUCAAGAGCGAGUCAGCUGGUCCGUUGGUGCUUUGCGAUACCAACAUUUACGAUGCCGAUAUGUUCGCUACCACCUGGAACCCGAUCGUCUCAUGCCUGUUCUUCGUCUUUAUGUCGGCAACAGAUGACACAGUCUACGCUCGCGUCAUCACAGGCUUCGACGAGUGCGCUCGCAUCGCCACCAAGUACGGCAACUCGGAGGCCUUGGAUGAGAUAAUAUACCGGCUUAACUAUAUCACGACGCUCGGCACCGAGUCGUUGUCCAACACCUCUCUGAACACAGAAGUUCAGGUGGGAGACACCAGUGUCAUGGUCAGCGAGCUGGCGGUCAAGUUUGGUAGGGACCUUCGUCCGCAGCUGGCCACGUUGGUUUUGUUCAGAGUUGUAAACGGGUCAGAGCAUGUCAUCCGGAAAGGUUGGAAGCACAUUGUGCGCAUCUGGCUUAACCUCUUUGUCAACUCUCUUAUCCCGGCCUAUUUUUCGACUGAUGCGGCAGAAAAGCUGGGGCUUCCGGCCAUCCCCCUACAACCUCCGUCACUUGUGAUUGACCGUGCCGCUAAACAGAGCGAGUCCGGCUUCUUCUCAGCUUUCACCUCAUAUAUCUCCAGUUACGCCGCCGAUGAUCCGCCUGAACCGUCAGACGAGGAGCUCGAAAGCACUCUGUGCACCGUUGACUGUGUGAGCCAGUGUCACAUGGAGGAGGUGUUUUCCAACAUUGCGAACCUUCCAAGCCAUUGUCUUGAACCGUUGAUAGAUGCGCUGUUAGAGCAAAUUCCCGAAAACAGUGGUUCAACAGUCAUUACGGUAAAGACAGAUAACAUUCCUCCCUCCCAGGCUAACGGCCAAAAGCACCGGCAGAGUACAGCUACCUAUGAUCCAGCCCUGGUUUACGUGCUUGAGUUUGCAACUCUUUUGGCUUUGCGUGAUGCCAGCACCAUUGAGCUUUUUGGCAAGCGCGUCGUCGAUGCUCUUCAGACUGUUCUUCGGGAUGUUCCUCGGCAUCAUCCCAUUGUCAUCGAACGGGCAACAUUCUAUCUGCUUAGUCUCCUCCAUGCUAGCUAUGACUACGACUAUAUUCGGGUCCCUAUCCUUUUACACACCAUCUCCAGCUUCCCGAACGAUAUCUUGCUCAAGACGGCUGGACUCGUGCUGCGCGGCUUGAAGCGCUGCACUGAGAAGCCAUGCCCGUUACGAAAUGAGAUAAUGACAUCGCCUGACUUCUGGGCCAUCCUUCAGACACUAGCUGGCAAUCCUGAAGCGGCGUCGACUGUAUUUGAGAUACUCGAAGCUGGCAUCACAAGUACUCCUCCAGCUAUUAUGGCUGACAACUACGAAGCAGCACUUUCACUGCUAAAUGAGUUUGCAUCAAUCGCAAGCAUUGGAGCCGUGGCUGAGCAGCAAAAUGAUAGGAGGCUAGGAAGAAAAGGGGGGAGAGGAGGGAAAAUGGAGAAGCCGAGCGAAAACGCUAUUGUUGAACGAGGCGUGAAAGCCGUCAACAGCAUCCAGCGCCUGACAGCACGUGUCCCGCACCUCAUGAAGCAGUCACACCUGGAGAGUAACGAGGCCUGGUCUGCUUAUUGGCUCCCCAUUUUUCAGCGCCUCACUACACAAUGCACUAACCCUUGCCGCGAGAUCCGCCAUCUCGCUGUGAGCUCUCUGCAACGCACGCUGCUCUCUGCGGAGCUAUUAGCAACGACGAGCAGUGUCAGUCAAAGCAGUGCAGCUGGCGUCCCCGUUUCAAGAGAGGAUGGUCAAGAAGGGCAACUCAAGUAUCAACACCCGUGGACAGCCAUUUUCACCGAGGUGUUGUUUCCUCUCAUUUUGACUUUGCUGAAACCCGAGGUAUUCUCCACUGAUCGUGAUGGUAUGAGCGAGACGCGAGUACAGGCAGCGUCCAUGCUGUGCAAAGUGUUUUUGCAGUAUUUGGUAGAGCUGAGUGAAUGGGAGGGAAUGUUGGACCUCUGGCUCAAGAUUAUUGAGAUCAUGGAUCGCUUGAUGGGCUGCGGACAGGGUGACAGCUUGACUGGCUGCGACCAGGAGGAGGCAGUGCCCGAAAACCUCAAGAACGUGCUCCUCAUCAUGUCGAGCAAUGGGUAUCUAGUCCCUCCCAGCCGCAAUCCUGCUCGUAAGGAGCUUUGGAAUGAGACAUGGAAGCGCAUCGACCGAUUUCUGCCCAAUCUAAGAGCAGACCUAGCGCUGGAUGAGCCGGGGGAGGAGUUGGAACCGAUACCAGCAAGCAAGCAGGAAGCAGGACCACCACAGACCGAUUCUCCAUCAUCGUGA